AUGUUCAUCGCAACCAACCGCAUCCAGGUAAAAACCGGUUACGGGGACACGCUCGAAAGUAUGUUCAAGGCCCGCGGAUCCGUGCAGGAUCAUCCCGGCUUCAUCAGCUUCGAGCUCUGGAAGAUGACCAAAACCCCAGACCACGAGGAUUUCCUCGUCGUAACCCACUGGGAGAACGAGGAACACCAUCAGACCUGGGUGAAAAGUGAUGCGUUCCGCUCGGCCCACGCCGGCGGCCCGCCCGAUUUCCUGCUGGGCCCGGGCGAGUUCCACACCUACGACGUGGUGCACCGCCUGGAAGCCUCGGGCGUGGCGGCGGCGGACUGA